UGAAAUCGGCUUCAGCUUCAAAACACACACGAAAUGUUUUCUGUCCACAUAGGUACAGUUACACAUCUUGUUGUCACUCUUUUCAGACCGUCGGUCGUAUGGUUCACGUACUUGAUAAUGACAUGGCCAAAGUCGUCGUACAAUACCUAUAUUAACCACACAGCAGCAUGCCCCUCAUCUACCCCGCGAGUACAGAUAAUACCACACAUUACGGAUUACUAGUACUGUACUAAUAUCAAUCUGCCCAUGAGCUCAGAAGAAAUUUGCCAGAGCUUUCUGAACAAUUCUACUGGCAAUACAUGGCACUAUAAAUUUAC